AUGUUUGGACCGUUUGAGCAGUUUGCUGGCAGUUCACAGCAGUUUGUUUUGGCCAUGGCUUCCUACCCCGACGACAUCCAGUUCGCAGGCCUAGUCGAAGCUGCAACUGCUGCUGCUGAUGCGCAUCAAGUCGACCUAGGCAAGAGGAAGAGAGGAGAAGAGAAUGCCUACACUCCAGUGUCAGCCAACGCUGGCGUUUUCGUGGAUCAACCCAAAGCUUCAACGUUGAUCAAUUCUGCCGCAGUUUUAUUCCGCGAACCGUCCGAGAAGAGUAAGAAAUAUAGCCGGCCACCUCUCGGCAAGGUCUUCACCUCCUUGGAACUUAGUCCUGAGACGUUUCUGCAACUACAGAAUGCGGCUAAAGAUUACAUGCUCAGUGAGGAGCACCCUGAACGGAAAGAUGUAGUAGGCCAUAAGAAGCAGAGCGGUAACAACGAUAACGCCAAGCUGAAACUCUAUCAAUGUGUCGAAGGCUUCCUGCAACAGGACAACAAUGGCGAGAACUACUUCGGCCACGCUUCCGGCGUCAACGAACCCGAUGCCCCUCCUCGAACAUUCUUCUGGCCAGAAGACCGUAAUAGAAUCAUCAAGCUACUAAUGCCAUUGUUACGCAAAAUGGUCACAAACGAGAGGCAACGCGUCUAUGCUGCCGAGACCAGAAAGGGUGACUCAAGAAAGGUGGAUAACAAGACUCAGCGAGUGCGGUCGGCGAAGCAAGAAGAAGCUGAAGACCUAGAAGACCACAUUGUACCAGAAAUCGAUCCGUCUCUGCAACCUGACUUCCACACAAAUGGUGUAGACUUGGAAAACGGCGCCAGCAGACGUAUCAUGCCUGAACUCGUGGUAUCUCCUGAAGACGCUGGCUCCCUUGAACAGUUCGUCGACACUUUACGAAAGAACAUUGAUGUUCUGAGUGGUCACAUCGAGGUCAAAGCACUACUGCCUUCAGGCCUGACACCGUUGAGUAGUGAGGAUGAUUGGAUUGUCUCGCAGAUGACGGUCAUGGCAGAGGUCUGGAUGAAUGGUCAACUUAUGAUUGUAGUUGAGGUUUAA